UGAUCUUUCCGGUUCCUCCUCGGUAACGUACUCCGCAGUGCUCAGGCAUCGGCGGCGGUAGUCGGGGGUUGUUCACACUGGAGAAAUGACCAUCACCAACGGUGUUUGGAUAGACCGAUAGAGAUCCAUACACGCGAUAGCACGCGCGCAAGCAAAACAACAAACAAAAUAAAACUGAAAACAACGCCGCACGCGCUGGACGGAUCAGACUCGGAUUCGGCAUGCGGGAGGACACAGGGACUCGGAUCAGACUACAACAACAUCCGAUUGCUUCCCGUGUGUGUCCGUGAUUAACGCUAGCUAACGUUCAGGCAACUGGCUAAUGAUUAACGCGACUGUCAAUAAGAGUGUCUGUUUUUUUCUCCGCGUGCAUUUUGAGGUCACGCUGCUGAUUUCAUUAACGCUGGCUUUAAUCUCGCUAUAACAGUAAUAACAAUAAGAAAGGAGGCUCGGGUCUGGUUAGCACAGCUAACUGCACACUGGAAAGCUAGUGCAUGUAAAGGAAGUGAGCCAGUGGGGUCUGAUAAGAUGAUCUGCUCAUAGCAUUUAAAAAGACAACAAACGCACGCGGCUUUAUUACUGCAUGAAAAAAAGGGACAAUAAGAGGAUCUGGAUUUCUCCACCAAUGACCCCGGAGAACACCUGGCGCGUGCCAACUGUGUGCAGUUUGCAACCAUUGUUUCAUCUGGAUUCAAAUCCUUUGCAUUGCUAAAAAAAAAGACUGAUUUUAUAUAUAGAUAUAUAGAUAUAUCUAACUACUUAACGUUGCAUCUGGUUUCCGUUUAACCGAAAAUGGCCGCCGUGGUGAAUUAUUCUCCUCCUUGGUGGGUUAACCUGCUGCACCGUCUUCCUCACUUCAACCUGCGCUUCGAGCAAAUCAGCAGCGAGUUCCAGCCAGAGGACUCCUCAUACCAGCAGUCCAUUCUGCUGCUGGGAGCAGUGGCUCUAGCCUGCCUGGCCCUCGACCUCCUCUUCCUGCUCUUCUACUCAUUCUGGCUUUGCUGCCGCCGCAAGAAGAGCAGCGAGCAGCCAAACGCCGACUGCUGCUGCACGGCCUGGUGUGUCAUCAUUGCCACCCUUGUGUGCAGCGCUGGCAUUGCCGUUGGUUUCUACGGGAAUGGAGAGACCUGCGAUGGUGUUAACCGGAUCACUUACUCACUGCGCCACGCCAACCGUACUAUCGCCGGCGUACAGAAACUGGUAUUAGACAGCGCCAGCUCCUUGAAUCUGACCGUCGAUGAGAAUUUGCAGCAGUUGGAGAGAGAGUACACGAAGCACACUGAUUAUCUGUCGAUUGUGCAGAAGCUGCAGGGCCAGCUGGAUGAUCUGCUCAAACAGAUGGUGGAGAUCCCUUUCUGGCGCAAUCCUAGCAUCUCUCUGGAGGUGCUGGCCGUCAGGAUCGAACUGUAUGACUGGUAUAGGUGGCUGGGCUAUCUGGGUCUUCUUUUGUUCGACGUGCUCAUCUGCCUGCUGGUGCUCUUCGGCCUUAUUCGCAACUCUAAAGGAACUCUGAUUGGGGUCUGUUUACUGGGCGUGUUGGCACUAGUAAUCAGCUGGGGAUCGCUGGGUUUGGAGCUGGCUGUAUCCUCGAGCUCUAGUGACUUUUGUGUGGCACCCGACAUGUACGUCGCCGACGUGGCCGAACGCUACGGAGUCCUCAACAAAGACAUCCUGCAGUAUUACCUCCGGUGCAACGUGGGCCAAACCAACCCCUUCCAACAGAAGCUGUCUGGAAGCCACAAGGCUCUGGUGGAGAUGCAGGACGAAGUGUUGGGGCUCCUGCGUUCUGCAGUGCAAAAAUUCCCCCAAACCAAAAGCAAUCUGGAGCAGAUUCAGGGGGUGUUGAACACCACUGAAAUCGGCCUGCAUCAGCUGACUGCCCUGGUGGACUGCCGCAGUCUACACAUGGACUACGUACAGGCUGUGACGGGGCUGUGCUACGACGGUCUGGAAGGACUGAUCUACCUGGUGCUCUUUUCCUUCGUCACAGCCCUCAUGUUCAGCUCCAUCAUCUGCAGCGUGCCUCACACAUGGCAGGGUCGGAGGCCCAGCGAAGCAAACGAGGAAGACUCUGCAGCUUCUGGAGGAAGACAGAACCACGAUAACCUGUACCGGGUGCACAUGCCGAGCCUAUACAGCUGUGGCAGCAGCUACGGCAGCGAGACCAGCAUCCCUGCAGCAGCACACACCGUCAGCAACGCCCCCGUUACUGAGUACAUGACACAGAAUGCAAACUUCCAAAAUCCUCGCUGUGAGAACACUCCUCUUAUUGGGAGAGAGUCGCCUCCACCUUCUUACACUUCCAGCAUGAGGGCCAAGUACCUGGCCAACGCCCGGCCCGAUCCCAACAGCAGCACUGCAGCACACUAGAGAGCUCCUAGGGACGUCCCUGCUCUCUCUCUCUCUCUCUCUCGCUCUCUCUCUCUCUCUCUCUCUCUCUCUCUCUCACACACACAAACACACACACACACACUCAUAAAUGUGCCCUUGUUCCUAUGACACAAACAGACCCCGCCCAUCCUACUUCAGACAAGAAGGACAUCAACACAUUCACCAUUGAAGAGGCCCCUUGUUUACACAUGAUUGGCCACAGUUCCAAAUAGUGGCUUACUCCUGACAAGUGUGUGUGUAUGUAUGUAUGUAUGUGUGUGUGUGUGUGUGUGUGUAUGCGUGUAUGUACGUAUGUGUGUGUGUGUGUGUGUGUGUGUACAGUGUGUGUGUGUGUGUGUGUGUGUGUGUGUGUGUGUGUGUGUGUGUAUGUAUGUACAUAUGUACGUAUGUACAUACGUGUGUGUGUAUGUGUGUGCGUGCAUAUGUUUUAUAGGUCUCUCACUGUGUGUGUGUGUGUGUGUGUGUGUGUGUGUGUGUGUGUGUGUGUGUGUGUGUACGUACACAUGUUUGUUCAUACACGCUGCCGUUGCUUUCUUGUGGUGCUUUUGCCAGAAGAGCCUAAAGCCCCAGAAGUACAAAGCCAGUCGGGGUAACUGGCCUCAAAUUAAAUCACAUUCCUGCAUGACUUCUAUAACGUGACCUCGUGUGUGUGUAUAUAGGAUUAUUUGACAGGUUAAGACUUUCUACGCUUUCAACACAAACAGUAACAUCCAUUCUGCUUAGCUGGAUCAGUAACGCGAUCUAAACUCCACGCCAGGUAUCUACAUGUAUCACGUCACGAAAGAAGAGCGCGACGUCUGCAAUAGGAAUGUAUGCUGAUGAUUAGACUGGUUUUGAACAAAGUGUGUUUUUAAAUUCACUGAUUCAGUGGUGCUAGCUAAUCUAAUGAAAUCUGAAAAGACUUACUGCCAUUAUGUAUACAGAAAGAAAACAAGUAGCAAUAGUAAGACUUGGGGUUGAGGAAUGGCUUUGGGGGUGUUAGCUCUUGCUUAAUAUUUCAUUCUCAGCUCUCGUUUAGGUGGAGUAGUGUUAAUUCAAAUGAAAGCCAUGGCCAGCUUUAGAAAGCCUGGUGUAAGCUUGUCUUUCCUUUUUCCCCCACCGUGCGUGUAAAUGACCAAUCCGAGGUCCCGAGUAGUGUGAUCGAAACGAGA